AAUGGGGGUGUCUACUCGUCAGCCGACUCGAUAACUGCCUCAGCCUCAGUAGGCCCACAUUUUGUCAUUUCUGCCACUUGCAGCACCUGAACCCAGCUCAACGUCAUUUAAUUUUCAACGGAUAAAACUCUUGUUGUAUAUGGAUGACACGUGAGGAGACAGCCCUUGAAAACAAAAAACCUUAUUAAAACGAUUUAGAAUAUUCUAUUAAAAAAAUGUCAAGACGUUGCCAACCGAGUUGGAAUCCACCAGUGAGCAAGUGUGGUGCAACUUUGAAACUGUACAACAGCUUGACACGUCAAAAAGAGGUUUUUGUACCUCAAUAUGGAAAUCGAGUGCUCUGGUACAGCUGUGGACCAACUGUUUAUGAUGCAUCUCACAUGGGUCAUGCCAGGUCCUACAUAUCGUUCGAUAUAUUACGGCGAGUAUUAUCGGAUUAUUUUGGCUACGAUAUCCUCUAUGUGAUGAACAUUACUGAUAUCGACGAUAAAAUAAUUAAACGUGCCAGGCAGCAGCAUCUCUAUGAAAAAUAUAUAGAGGAAGAUAAAUCAUUGGAUGUUGUACUGGAAGAUGGAAAAAACGUAAUGUCAGUGUUUGAAGAGACGGUGAGGAGUACAACUGAUACUGACAAGAGGGCCAUGUUAGAGAAAAUGUUGGGAAAGGUCAAAUCAGCCGUUGAAAAUCUUGAAAGGGCAGUACAUAAUGGGAAUAGCGAAGUGAUUAAAGAGCAUCAACACGCGCUAUUGGUUGAGGCAAAAGAUCCUCUGUCGGAGUGGUUAGAUAAGAGAUUAGGUACAUCGCUAACUGAAAAUGCAUUAUUCAAUAAAUUAUCGCAGCAUUGGGAGAUAGAGUACCAUAAAGAUAUGGAUGCACUUAAUGUCUUGAGACCAAAUGUGUUGACACGGGUCAGUGAGUAUGUACCCGAAAUAAUAGCAUAUAUUGAGAGAAUAAUGGAGCGUGGUUUGGCGUACGAGAGUAAUGGAUCAGUAUACUUUGAUGUUGGAGCAUUUGAUAAGAAAGAGAAUCAUCAUUAUGCCAAGUUAGUACCUGAAGCAUAUGGGGAUGCAUCUAGCCUUGAGGAAGGUGAGGGUGAUUUGUGUAUAUCGGAGGAAAGACUUUCUGAAAAACGUUCGCCGACGGAUUUCGCUCUGUGGAAAUCGUCGAAAGCUGGAGAACCGUGGUGGGAGAGUCGUUGGGGAAAAGGUCGACCAGGCUGGCACAUCGAGUGUUCUGUUAUGGCUUCGGUAAUUUGCGGUGAGAGCUUGGAUAUGCACACUGGUGGUGUUGAUCUCAAGUUUCCUCAUCAUGAUAAUGAAAUAGCCCAGGCUGAAGCUUACUUCGAUAAUUCUCACUGGGUCAAAUACUUCCUACACUCUGGACACUUGACCAUAUCGGGCUGCAAAAUGUCAAAGUCCUUGAAAAAUUUUAUAACCAUUCAAGAGGCUCUCAAGAGACACACCUCGAGACAACUCAGACUGGCAUUUUUACUCCAUUCUUGGAAAGAUACGUUGGAUUACAGUGAUAAUACAAUGGAUAUGGCGGUACAAUAUGAAAAGUUCUUGAAUGAAUUUUUUCUCAAUGUCAAAUGCCAAAUUCGAUCUCUUGGCGCAGGAACAACACUCGAAACAUUUGUCAAGUGGAAUAAGCCUGAGCUUGAGCUUAAUAAAAAGUUAUCUGCUGCUAAAGACGCAAUUCAUACAGCACUGUGUGAUAAUAUCGAUACAAGAACAGUUCUCGAUGUGAUCCGCGAACUUGUUGGUCACUGCAAUAUUUAUAUCAAACAAGUCAAUUCUCCAACAAAUACACUUUUACUUCGGGAUAUCGCUGUAUACAUUACUAAAAUUUUUACAAUCUUUGGAGCAAUUACUACUCCAAAUGAUGGCAUUGGUUUUCCCAUAGAGGCUGAUUCAACAAAUUUUAUCAAUGUUGAAGAAACCGUCUUGCCUUAUUUAAAUAUUCUUGGUGAAUUCAGAGAGAAAAUACGCUGCCAAGCGAAAACAAUAAGAGCAUGUGAGAUUCUCCAAGAAUGUGACAGAUUACGAGAUCAAGUAUUACCAAAUAUGGGUGUACGUUUGGAAGACGAUGACAGUGGGAUUUGCAGAAUAAAAUUAGUCAAUAGAGAUGAAUUGUUGAAGGAAAGAGAGAUUAAAAAGCGAUUUCAGGCAGAGAAAAACGCAGAGAAAGAGAAGAAAAAAGUUGAGGCGGUGGCUGCCAAUGCAGCUAAAGAAGCGCUGAAAAAAAUUCCACCUACACAAAUGUUCACAUUACAAACCGAUAAGUACUCAACAUUCGAUGAUAAUGGCUUACCAACACAUGACGCCGAAGGAAAGGAAAUCACCAAGGGACAGUUGAAAAAAUUGAUAAAACUGCAACAGGCGCAGCAAAAAAAAUACCAGGAGUAUUUGGCGGGUAUUCAAAACGGUGCUUAAUCAUCAUAUUAUGCUAAUUACUAUAUCCAGCCAUCACUAGCAAGUCCAUUUAAUCCCCUCUCAUGAUAGUCAAUUGUUUUAUAAACUUUACAUUUGGCUUUAUUUAUUAUGCUAGACUAUUAAAAAAAAAAAUCAACUGUUCCAUUAUAAAAAAUAUACAUUUUGCAUUGUAA